AUGGCGUCGCCACCCACCAAAUUCGACUUCGACUUCUACGAGUCGAAGCCGAAGGAACUAAUCUACCAAGUGGACGCCCACUUCCCCAAGGAGACCCCCUUCCUCCGCCUCACCAAAACCGACGAUCACGACACUCCGCUGCAGCGGAGCACCGGCCGCGUCCUCUAUUCCAAGCCCGUGGCGUUCGGGCACGGAGGGGCCAAAGCCGACUUCGAAACCACGGUGAAAUUCAUCGUGAGAGUGAAGGCCAAGACGCCCCACGCCGAUGGCCUCGUCUUCUUCAUAGUCCCCGAGGGCCACGCCUUCCCGAGCGCCGCCAUGGGCGGCAACCUCGGGAUCUUUGAGCCCUCCGGCAAAAGCUCCCAUGUCUUCGCCGUCGCCUUCGACAUCUACCCCACCACCCCGGGCUACAUAACUCUCGGCAUCUGCAUCGAGUCUAGGAUUCCCAAGAGUGUCAUCCAGGUCCCUGACUCGUUCGUCGGGAAGGAGCUCACUCUCGGCGUCUCCUACGUCGCGGCCACCGGAUUAAUCAGCGCCUCCGUCAGCGACGGCUCCGAGACUUUCCCGGUGAGCUUUGUGUACAACUUGAGCGAGAUUCUUCCUCCCAGAGUUCAAGUCGGCCUCGCCUCCUCCACGGGCGAGUACGUCGUGGUGCACGACGUCGCGUCGUGGGGCUUCAAAUCCACCAUAUCGUGA